GGACUCUGGACACCAGCCUUGGACGCCUAAAGUUUUCCCUUCUUUUUGUUUUAUUAUCAUCCUUCUCAUUUUUGGAGGAGGGGACGGGGCUGCAGAUUCGUCGCCGCCACCAACGUGAGAUUUUUUUUUUUCCCCCUCCCUUGAAGGAUUCCUGCUGAUGUCUGCAGAGUCGGUUAGAGUAAAAACAGCGCAUGCCUUCCUGGAGUCAGGAUCCGUAAAUUCUGACGUAGCCCGUGCAUCUUAAAAACCCCUAUAAUAACGCCUAGGCAUUUAAGUUGCUAUGGUCAUUCUGGUCGCAAGCCUAAUGGAGAAACUCCGGAUUUUUUUCCCUCCCUACGGUCGGAUGAGAUGAAGACCUGCCUGCCUGCCGAGAGCUGGGGAUCUGUGUGUAGAGAUACAUAGAUACGUUUAUCAAUAUGUCAGUGUGCGAGUAUAAAGUGGUGCUUGCUUAGACUAUCCGCGGUUUGACCUUGAACCUGAGCCAGCGAGACGGCAGGUUACUUUUAUUGAUGCAUUUCAUGGAUUGAAGAAAAGGACCUUUUUUUUUUUUUCUUCUUCUUCUUCUCUCUGCAACUGCAGUGAGGGACGGGAGUUGGAUUUACCUCGCCGAGUACCUCCUGGGUUGGCACCAUCAUCAUUGUUUAUCGCUGUGCUCGGAACGCCCGCCGACUGUGCCGAUGGCUCCCCUGGGUGAAGUUGGGAACUAUUUCGGCGUGCAGGAUGCGGUGCCGUUCGGGAACGGGCCGGUGUUGCCGGUGGACAGCCCGGUCUUGCUAAGUGACCACCUGGGUCAGUCCGAAGCAGGGGGGCUUCCCAGGGGACCCGCGGUCACGGACUUGGAUCAUUUAAAGGGGAUUCUCAGGCGGAGGCAGCUGUACUGCAGGACUGGAUUUCACUUAGAAAUCUUCCCCAACGGUACUAUCCAGGGAACCAGGAAGGACCACAGCCGGUUCGGGAUCCUGGAGUUCAUCAGUAUAGCCGUGGGUCUGGUCAGCAUCCGCGGCGUGGACAGUGGACUCUACCUCGGCAUGAAUGAGAAGGGGGAGCUGUAUGGAUCGGAAAAACUCACGCAAGAGUGUGUCUUCAGAGAACAGUUUGAAGAGAACUGGUACAACACGUACUCCUCCAACCUGUAUAAACAUGUGGACACUGGACGGAGGUUCUACGUCGCGUUAAAUAAGGACGGGACCCCCCGGGAAGGAACCAGGACUAAGCGGCACCAGAAAUUCACCCAUUUUUUACCCAGACCCGUGGACCCCGACAAAGUACCCGAACUCUAUAAGGAUAUCCUAAGCCAAAGUUGACAAAGACCGUUUCUUCACUUGAGCCCUUAAAAAAGUAACCACUAUAAAGGUUUCACGCGGUGGGUCCCUAUUGAUUUGCUGUGUCAUCACAUCCAUUGUUGCCAAACUCUGUCGCAUGCAUAGCCUGACGGAGGCGUGGAGGGGACAUGUGACUGCUGCGCCCCGGGCUCGACCUCCCGCGGGACCCCUGCCCGCUGUGCUGCCGGGUGGGUCUUGGGGCAGAGGGCGGCCGGGGAUGCGGGGUGGGGGGCACGUGGGGGCAGGGCCUGCAGAGAGGGGGCAGCAGAGAGGACAGGCCAUGCAUGUACCUGCCCGGUCUGUCCUUUCUCAUCCUGGUCAGCACAGCCGCUCCACCUGGACACGUCGGGACUGGCCGGUGGCCACGGGCCCGCUGCGUCUCCGCAGGUGCGGUGGGCGCGGUCUUACCGACAAGACUUUCUCAGUUCCUUGUCACGGGUGUCAUCCCAGUGAAUUUAAAGCAAAGACCUCUUAGUGAAAAAAAAAAAAGAAAAAGAAAAAAAGUUAAAUUUAUUUAUAGAGAUUCCAAAGGCGACAUUUUAUUUAUUUUAUAUAUUUAUUUAUUAUAUAGAGUUUAUUUUUAAUGAAAUAUGUACAGGCCAGAUAGGCAUUUGGAAGCUUUAGGCUCUGUAAGCAUUAAAUGGCAAGUCCGCUAGAACCUGUGGUGAGUCCACGUGUGAACGUGGCGUGCAUGGAUUUCAGACACUCGAAUGGCCCUGUGUCCCGAAGGCGACAGCCGCUGUCGUGCCCGUGUUACUGUAAACUAACGCGUACCGCUCAUGACACCGAGUAUCCACUCUUCAGACUGCUUUUCCCAUAGCUUAUCCCAGAGGAUUAAAGAUUAACUGGGUCUCAAACGUUUAUUCUGUGUCUGGACUAUUUCCUCUCUCUCAAGUGGCUUCCUCCAUCACAGUUGGAGAACAUGACGGUUGGUAUAUAUCCUACUUGUCUAAAUCUAUUGCAGAAUAUACCAAAGCUAAACAAUGACUGUGCUUUUGUUUUAGUCGAGCUCCAGAACAACAGGACUCAUUUCAAACAUGUACUGGUUUAGAAUUCUCAAAAAGGAAAAAAAAAAAAAUUACUUGGUACAGAUUUUUUUUUUAGGGGACAAGAAUCUGAAUCAAAACUGCAGGGUAAUUCUUAUAAACUUGGCUCUCAGAUAUUAAAUUACACAAGCACCAUAGGUGUCAUUGUAACAUCUUUUAUAGAAAAUUGCUUUCGGUGUGACCUGUCAUAAUACCUGGUAAAAACACCCUUCAAAUAAGACUUGCAUAAUGAAACUAAUAAAUCUCCAUCAAUCAUGACAAUGAGAGGGAAAAUAAAUACUUGUUGACUGUGUUUUGUUUUUUAAAAGGGUCUGUGAGCACUUGAUUUUUUUAGAGGGGAAGUUACUAUAUAAUAUCUCUUUUACUAGCCUUUUAUAACAUUUUAUGCUGAAAAGCAUAAGAAUACAUAUUUCUUUAGUAGCAAUAAUUUUGAAACCUGCCCUUGGGCAAGGGAGACUAUUUCUUACUCUAUACUAAGGAGAAGAGAGCCAAAUUCUUAAAGCAAUAUUUAAGAAAAAGAAAUUUAUAACAAAUUCAAAUACCACAUAUAGCAUUUUUCUAGCCAGUUACAUGGGAAAUUGAAAGUGACAGUUAAAAAAUGUGUUGGGAUUUAUGUAACUAAUUUUAAAGUUUAAUAUUCCAACUUUGUUUUGCUCUGAUGCACAUUCUCUAUGAAAAAUAAAACUAUGUCACUGGUGAGUCAAAGCUGUUUUGAGGUAGAAGCUCAUGGCUUCUUGUCAUGAGCACAGGGGCCCCUUCCCUGACCCAAAGUGGAGAACGGGCAGGUUCACUGAUGUGCAUUAAGGAAAAACCAACUCCAGUGUUUGGAAUUAAGAAAUGUGGGGGAGGGGGCAGAAGCAAUGUAAAAUAUCUGAUUUAUGAUAAAGGUCAGAAUGUCCUCUUCAUUUAUUUUCUUUUUUUCUCUAAACAGAAGCUGCAUUUAAUCCCAAGAUGUAGUAUUCUUAUUUAUUAUUUAACCCUUUGCUGCUGCUAAUGUGUGCACAUAUUCAGGCUGUAGAUUUUCCAAAAGGCAUUUAAUAUUUUUGGCUGAGAAACACCAAGCCUCUGACCACAGGGAAGGAUCACGUUUCUAGGAUGUCGUGGGUACAAUGUUUAGCACUGAAGAAACUGAUUUUAGGAGACAGCCAAAAGUGAUCUUAAGGUAGCACUAGAUGCUGGAUUGACCCAUCAGAGAGAAAGAAAAUCAUCUGCGAAAAAGAUAAAGCUCCCCAUGGGUUCCUGGAAAGUGCUACUUUAAUGUCGACUUUUGGAGGUUUUUGUUUUUUUUUCAGUGAUUUUUUUUUUUUUUUUAAAGAAAAACAAAAUGUUAUAUGCUUUGGCAACUGAUAUAAUAAACUGUAAUGGUGUGUAAAUAAAUAAAUACUGACUUAUGCAAUUUCUGUACAUAAGUGUGCUGGGGGAGUGGAUGGCUCAGGUCUGGGGCCGGCACUGUCCUGUGGGGCCAUGGAGUAAGCCCCCCAGCUCCUGGCUUUGCACCCGGUUCUUGUCGUAAGGCACCCACGGCCAUGGACAGCUGACUCCCCCCCCCCCUCCUCCACCACCACUUUUGGAGUGGUGGGUCCAGUUUUCACAAACGUGAGCCUGGCUGGCCAAACCGCUGUCUUAACUGGUGCCAAACACUGCACCUCAGUCACAGACUUAACGGGCAUGGACUGAUCACCCCCCAUCUGUCAUGCAGAUGUCCCCAGGCCAUGCCGACGGACAUGCCAGCUCACCUUGGGGCACCUGUCCCCAGGCCGUGCCGAAGGACAUGCCAGGUCACCCCAGGGCAGCUGUCCCCGCCAUGUCCUGCGCUAUGGGUCAGUGAACGGCUUCAGUUUAUGGUUUUCAUGCGAUUUCAUCUCACU